AUGGGGAUGAAGGGCUACUGUAAAUUGUUCGACAUCAACGACACCUACUACUUUGUCAUCUACCCGGAAACAGCCCAGCGCUUUCCCAUCGAUGAGAAGCUUGGCGCGAAUCUGUACGCCGCAUGCAACAAGGUCGUCAUUACGACAUCCGCUGAGCGACUCGAAGUGCUCCAGAAUGCUUCGAACGCUUGGGAUGGCGAGCUGAAAAAGGCCACCAGCUACGAGCUGCAGCAGCUGAACAAUGGGAAGGCGAUUCCCUACAGCAAUUGGAUGUGCGAGGAGCCGGGCUGCGGGCUGAUGGAGAACCUGUGGCUGAAUUUGACGGAUGGUGCCAUUCGUUGCGGGCGUGCCCAGUUCAUCAGCGAAGGCGAGAAGAGCAAGGGCAACAACCACAUGAAACAGUACUACGACGCGACCGGCUAUUCCCUUGUGGUAAAACUCGGGACGAUAGAACAAAAUGGAAAUGCUGACGUGUUCUCGUAUGCUGAAGAUGAUGCGGUCGUCGACCCGAACUUGCGCAAGCAUCUCGCCCACUUUGGACUGGACAUUGACUGCUUGGAGAAGACGGAGAAGAGCACGCUGGAGCUGGAGCUGGACAUGAAUCAGAAG